CCACCCCGCCUCGCAGCUUCGAGCCUUGUUCGACUCCCUGCCUCUCGCAAUGCCGACCAUCGCGCAGGUGGGUCCUCUUCUUCGUCAUCGGAACCAUGGUCGCAGUCGGCUGCUGGCGCUUCUCCAUGCUUCUGCUGUGGCUCUUCCCGAUCACGAUCCUCGUCUACUCGAUCGGAGCCAACGCCAUCCCAGCCUGCAUGCACGGACUACCUGUCUGCCCGCCGCACACCGGGCCAGCGGUCGCCAUCAUCGGGAUGGCCUCCACCGCACUCUUCCUCACCGGCUUCAUCUUUGUCCGCGCCUGCUUCCUCUUCCCGUGCCUCUGCGCACCCGAGGUGCCAGGCUGGCUCUUCUUUCCGCCCGCAAGCGUGCCCGUCAGCCCGAUCACCGACGGCGACGUGGACACUUUUGGCGUGGCGCUACUGCUCGACAAACUCUUCGGGAAAAGCGCGUUCCCCAGCGACUGUGUCUGGGAGCCGCCGACCUGUGGGGGGGGAGAUUGCGGUACCUGGUCUGAAUCUCCCGGGAGCGCCGCUGCGGCGUCUGACCUCCCCUGGUGCGAGGACGUGUAUGACCGGAGGACCGAUAAUCGCUGCAAGCCACUACCUGGGCAUGGUACGAACGGCUGGACCUGAACCGUACUGUACCGCAUGUUGACUCAUAUUGUACCCCGUUCAUAUACAUGCCGAUACCCUGCCA